AUGGAGGAAGAUGAGAGAAACCAGUCCAGCACACUGGAGAAGAUAGUUUCCGAUUUUAACACUACAUUAGAACAAACUAUUGCCGCCUUCAAUGAUAUGAAAGACCAAAUCGCUACUCCACUGGUGUACUUUAACGCUCACUUUCCACAGACCACCAGCCUGUCUACAGGUAAGGUGAUAGUGGACAAGACAGUGGAGAACAACCACGGAAACGGCUACAGCGCCACCACGGGCAAGUAUACCGCUCCAGAACGGGGUCUCUACUUGUUCUUCAUGCACACUUGUACAUCAUCAACUAAAUAUUCUUAUCUCCAGAUAGUGAAGGACGGGUCAGUCCUCAUUAGAAGUGUACAGUAUGAGAAGGAAUCUCUUUCCUGUUCUAAUAGUCAGGUGUUUGUUCAGCUUGAUGUAGGCGAAACUGUCUGGGUACAAUGUUCCAGUGGGAGCUCAAGCAGACAACUGAAUGAGAAUAGUUCGUACCGUUGGACCAGUUUUGGUGGUGCUCUCAUUCACAACUGA